AUUUUAUACACUUUCUAGCUCGCGUUCACUCUCACAUUCAUGGAACCUCCCAGUUUCCAACGUGUCAUCAUUUUCCUUAUACUUUCAAUGACACUGCUGCCCAGUCCAAGCAGUUCCUCAGGGCCUUGCAGCUUUCCUGCCAUCUUCAACUUCGGUGACUCAAAUUCCGACACCGGAGGACUCUCAGCCGCAUUCGGACAAGCCCCUUCCCCCAACGGAGAGUUCUAUUUCCAUACGCCGGCGGGUCGGUAUUGCGAUGGCCGCCUCAUAAUUGAUUUCAUAGCUGAAAGCUUUGGAUUACCUUAUCUUAGUGCUUAUUUGGACUCUGUGGGUUCAAACUUCAGCCAUGGUGUCAACUUUGCAACUGCCGGAUCAACCAUCCGGCAACAAAAUACAACUAUUUUUCAAGGUGGAGCUAGUCCUAUUUCAUUAGAUGUACAGUUAGUUCAAUUCUCAGACUUCCAUAGAAGAUCUCAGAUAUUCAAUAAGCAAGGGAUCUUUGAUAAAUUGUUGCCAAAGGAGGAUUAUUUCUCAAAGGCAUUGUACACCUUUGACAUUGGCCAAAACGAUCUCACAUCUGGCUACAAGCUUAACCUGACCAUGGAACAAGUCAAGGCAUAUGUUCCGGAUGUGCUCCGCCAAUUUUCUGGCGCUGUUAAGCGAGUAUACGACAUUGGAGGAAGAAUAUUUUGGAUACACAACACAGCGCCGACAGGCUGCCUACCGUAUGUUCUGGACAGAUUUCUCAACAAUGCAGCUCAACUAGACAGAUAUGGCUGUGGUAGUCCGUUCAAUGAUGUGGCUCAGUAUUUCAACAAGGCAUUGAAAGAUGCUGUGAUUGAAUUAAGGAAACAACUUCCCUUAGCUACUAUCACAUACGUCGAUGUCUACUCGGUGAAGUAUAGGCUCAUCACCCAGGCCAGGAAACUUGGAUUCAAGCUCCCUCUGAGAGCUUGCUGUGGUCACGGUGGGAAGUAUAAUUUCAACAAUUCUUUAAGGUGUGGGGGAAAGAUCACCGUGAACGGCAAGGAGAUUUUGAUUGCAAAUUCAUGCCGAAAUCCUUCCGUUCGGGUUAACUGGGACGGCAUUCAUUUCACAGAAGCAGGUAACAAGUGGAUAUUCGAACAAAUCGCCAACGGCUCGUUUUCGAACCAACCAAUUCCAUUGAGAAUGGCUUGCCAAAGGAUGGAACAAUGACA